GGCAACCCUGUGUGGUAACGCCAGUUUAACGAUUGCCAUGGUUUAGCUCUUGAUUGACGAAUCCCAGGUUAUUGUGUUUUUUGUGCUAUUGUAAUUAUUGACCAAUCGACUAUUAAAAUUAUUUUUUGAUUCUAUUUCAUUGGAUUAUAUUGCAAAGUCUCAGUUGAAAUAUUAAUAGAUGGAACUCGGAAAAAAGAGAUAUAAGGGUGGCCGAACACCUGCUGUAAGGUCAAGCGAUAGACGUCGACCUCAAAGCAUUUCAACCUUAUCUCCACGUGUAGUACUGUCGAGAUUAGAGCCUAGAGAUUUUGAACGCUUACGCCUAUCGUAUAAAGUUGCUGUUAUAGAUCAGCGGAGGUCUCGAAGCUGCCGUGGCAUGAACAUGGGUCAAAAAAUAAGUAGUAGCGUUAAGACAGUCAAUAGAAAUGAUUCGCAAACAUCAUUUAAACCAAUAAUACCCAGAGAAUUGGCUGCAGAAUUUGCAAAACCAGCGCGCAUUGAUAUUCUAUUGGAUAUGCCUCCCGCAAGCAAAGAAGUACAACUAAAGCAUUCUUGGAAUCCAGAGGAUAGAUCAUUGAACAUAUUUGUAAAAGAAGAUGAUAAGCUUACAUUUCAUAGGCAUCCGGUAGCACAAAGUACUGAUUGCAUUCGCGGAAAGGUGGGCAUGACGAAAGGAUUACACGUUUGGGAAAUAUAUUGGCCAACCAGGCAGAGAGGUACACAUGCCGUUGUAGGUGUGGCAACUUCAGAAGCACUGCUGCAUUCAGUUGGCUAUCAAAGUUUGGUAGGUUCUUCCGAGCACAGCUGGGGUUGGGAUUUAGGUAGAAAUAAAUUAUAUCAUGACUCCAAAAACUGCGCUGGCGUCACUUAUCCAGCUAUUUUAAAAAAUGACGAGGCUUUCUUGGUCCCUGAUAAAUUUUUGGUUGCAUUAGACAUGGACGAGGGGACCUUAAGUUUUAUUGUUGAUCAACAAUAUCUUGGUGUUGCGUUUAAAGGAUUGAAAGGUAAAAAACUUUAUCCAGUUGUAUCAGCAGUUUGGGGGCAUUGUGAAAUUACAAUGCGCUAUAUAGGCGGUUUGGAUCCCGAACCUCUUCCCUUAAUGGACUUAUGCAGAAGAACGAUUCGUCAAACAAUAGGUCGAGUUCAUCUCGAAGAGCGUGUUCAAGAGUUACACCUACCGCAAUCCAUGAAAUCAUACUUAUUAUACAAAAAUCGUAGAUAAUAGUUUUAAUCGAUUUAUUUUAUUAUGGAAAACUUGAAUUUUAAUUUAAGUUAAUUAACUAAUUUUUAUAAAAUAUUAUUA